AUGCGUUCCUUCUGGCAUGGAUUUGUCAGCGGCAGGGCCAAAUGGGUCGCAGGCGAUGGCGGAGUUCAUCGGCAGCGCUGUCCCGAACGGCAUGGCGAGCUUCAUCAACGUGGGACACUCCGCGGCGCUCGGCUCCAUCGGCGACGUGACGGGCUUCGGGCAAGACCAGCAGUUCACGGCCGUGCAGAUGCUGUUCAGGAGCUGCGAGGCGGCCGAGCCCAUCACGAGGCUGGGGCUGAACGGCAGCUACGAGAUUUUCUUGAACUAGCUCUUCAGUUUGGGAUGAUCAUGAUGUUUGCUUGCGCCUUUCCAUUGAUAUUCUGCUUUGCUGCUCUGGAUGACAAGUUGUCGCAUCUCGAGCAUGUCUCAUAGGAGAGUG